GGCUCGGUGCUGGGCGGCCCGCCCAGCGGCGGCCCGCCAUGGCGUCCCAGCUCCGGCUCCGCUCCGCGCUUGCCCUGGUCACAGGUGCGGGCAGCGGCAUCGGCCGAGCGGUCAGCGUGCGCCUGGCCGAAGAAGGGGCCGCCGUGGCCGCCUGCGACCUGGACGGGGCAGCGGCACAGGAGACUGUGCGGCUGCUGGGUGGGCCGCCCCGCAGGCCCCACGCCGCUUUCCAGGCCGACGUGUCGGAGGCGGGGGCCGCCCGGCGCCUGCUGGAGCAAGUGCAGGCCUGCUAUUCUCGCCCGCCAUCUGUUGUCGUGUCCUGUGCGGGCAUCACCAGGGAUGAAUUCCUGCUCCACCUGUCUGAAGAUGACUGGGACAGAGUCAUAGCUGUCAACCUCAAGGGCAUCUUCCUAGUCACUCAGGCUGCAGCCCAGGCCCUGGUGUCCAGUGGUUGUCACGGCUCCAUCAUCAACAUCAGUAGCAUUGUAGGGAAGGUGGGGAACGUGGGACAGACAAACUACGCGGCAUCCAAGGCUGGAGUGAUCGGGCUCACACAGACUGCAGCCCGGGAGCUUGGACGACACGGGAUCCGCUGUAACUCAGUCCUCCCAGGGUUCAUUACAACACCAAUGACACAGAAAGUGCCACAGAAAGUGCUAGACAAGGUGACUGGAAUGAUCCCUAUGGGACAUAUGGGGGACCCUAAGGAUGUGGCAGAUGUAGUCGCCUUCUUGGCAUCUGAAGACAGUGGAUACAUCACAGGGGCUUCAGUGGAAGUCACCGGCGGUCUUUUCAUGUAGCGCCUCAAGGACCCUGGACUCUGCUGCUCCCCCGCACCCCACCCGGUCUCCCACUGACGAGGACUCGGAGUUCCCAGGCCACAAAAGGGGUGGCCAGCGUAUGACUCAGGAAUGCUGAAUCUGGGAGGCAGGGGUGCCUGUGACCCUAAUAAAUUCCAAAUCCUCUUCCCUGCCA